AUCUUUACAUUUUCGGAAAAUAUCGAAACAUUUAAUGAGUCCAAACAGGUUAAUUCAGCUCCUGAAAUGAAUCCGAACUUGACUAAAAUGGGAUAGCGUGCGAAGUCCGUUGUAAUUUCCAUAAGGAAUUUACUUCCGACACCAGCGAAGAACCAGUGAUGACGUACCCACCUCAGUACUUAUUGUUGCUUGCUUGACGAGGCUAGCUUCAGGAACGCUGGUUUUGUUUGAUCUGCAAGUACUCCGAAAUGGGGAAACUGUUUGUUUAUGUUAAAAGUGCUUAUCUCGUUUUAUAUAUGUUUCUACAGACGCUGAUUUUAAAAACACUGUCAAUUAUUGCACCGAGCCUGACCAAGAAAAUUCUGUUAAAGCUUGGCGAAAAAGUGACGAUGACGCAGAACCCGAAGUUUAAGUUUGAAGACUGGGGACCUACGUUUACUACAUGGGCUUUCAUCAAAAGUGUGUUGAAGCAGACAUGGAUCUCUCUCGGGGAGGAAGCAUUUGUUGGAAAUAGAGCCCCAGACACUGCGGUUGUCACGUUGGACGGCAAGAAGACGAGAAUUUCACAUUUAUUAAAAGGUCACAGGCCUCUGGUUUUGAGCUUUGGAAGUUGUACCUGACCCCCAUUUCUUUUCAAGCUUGAUGAAUUUAAACAGCUUGUCAAGGAUUUCAGCAAUGUCGCAGAUUUCCUUGUUGUGUACAUCGCUGAAGCACAUGCAACUGACGGCUGGUCUUUUUCGAACAAUGUUGAUAUAAAAAAGCAUAAAGAUCUUCAGGAACGUAUAGCUGCAGCUCGAUGCUUGGAAAAUGAUGAUCCCCUAUGUCCUGUUGUUGUGGAUGAAAUGACUGAUGUCACUGCUUCAAAAUAUGGAGCUUUGCCAGAAAGGCUUUAUGUCCUUCAGUCAGGAAAAGUGAUCUAUAAGGGGAAGAUGGGACCAUGGGGGUACAGUCCUGAGGAGGUGCGUGCAGUUCUGGAAAAGAUCAACUAAAUUUCAUCUACUCUACACAAAUGUGCAAAUUUAAAAACUUAAAACAGAAUAUUUUCCACAACAUCAUAUAGGGAUAAUGUAUUCCAAUGUUCCACAUGAUUUCUGUGACCUUGUCAGUGUUUAUUUGUGACGGUUACAGAUCAAACCUUUGACGUCUGUAACCUGAUUAGUUGAAACACAGAAAUGAAGUGUCACACUAAACAUAGUGUUAGAACAUUGGUCAUAAAAGUAACUAGUAAGUGUAAAUCAGAUGGGGAUGUAUUUGAUUUUAAUCAUGUUUGCAUUCAAGAAAGUACAGUACUGUCUCCAUACAUUUAGUAGUAGUAAUCAACAGCGAAUAUUCGAACUUUGGGGGAGGGGGGAGGGCCGGGGGGGUGUUGAGCAUGAUUCGGGAAGGACUCAGCUAGACAUUUCUCCGUUCUCGGCUGAGAUGGACGGCAUAGCGCUGCAACACGUGACUUUCGGUUUAAUUAAAGGCAUUGAAUUUUUAAGGAUUCUGUUAUUCUACAGUAUUGCUUGUACACUCAUGCGCCGCUUAACGUCCGUUCGUAGACCCAUAAGGUUAUAGUAAAGUUUAAAAACCCGAAC